AUGUCAGACGAACAUCCUAGAGGAAUCUUGAGAAAUAGACCUGAAGAGUAUCAUGAAGAAACAGAACUUUCAGACAAGUUAGAUCGUAAUGAAGUUAUCAAAAAUACUCGAUUAAAUGCUCAAUUGGCAUCAGGUAAUAGUACAGCUGGUGAUGAAAUAAGAGCCAAGAUUGCUGCUAAAAAGAAAGAACAAAAUAUCAAUACCGAUACUCCCGAACAUUUGAAAUGGGAUGAAAUAAAUUUAUACAAGAAUGAACAAGAAAAAAGUGCAACCAUGAAAAUUGAUGAACCAAAAACUCCAUAUGAAGGUGGAUUCAAUCCAGAAGGUGAAUAUUAUAGAGAUGAUAAUGAAGAAGAUAUUAAUGACAUUCCUGCGUUUGAAUUAGGUGAAGGUGAAUUUGAUAAACUUCCACAUGAUGUCCUGGGAUCUCUUCAUGGGGGACUGGUGAUUAAAGAUGAAAACCAACCUGAUGAUGCUGAAGAAGAACAGGAGGAGGAGGAGGAAGAAGAUAAAGAAUCUGAACCACAAUUAUCUUUUGAAGAAAAGAGAAAGAGACAUUAUCAUUUGAAAGCUUUGCCUUUGAAAACCCAUGAUACUUACGUAGAUUAA